AUGAAGUUGGAAGAAAUUUUGGUAUUUGUUUCUCUAAUUUUGAAUGUAGAGACACAACGGGAACAGUAUUUUGCUUCAUCCGAUUCUGCUUUACUGGAUUACAAAGAUUUAAAAAUCUCAACAGUUCUUUAUAAUGUCAGAAACAAAAUACGAUGUGGAAUUAUUUGCUCACAAAUUUCUACAUCAUCUCAAACCAAUAAGAUAAUGUACAAUGUUGAUCAUCCAAAUAUAACUCAAUCACAAUGUGCUGUUUUUAAUGGUAAUUGUUAUUUUGUUAAAAAGGUUACGUCAUGUAUUAAAAGGAGAAGUAAUAAUUCAGCGUGUUCCUGUAUGUCUCCGUAUUAUGGGUCUUAUUGCCAUCUUGUUCUUUCAUCCUGUGAAGAUGUUAAGCAUUCAAUGGAAUCAUUGGUAAAUGGAAUUUAUAGCGUAGCAACAAUUAGUGGAGAGAUUAUAGAGAUAUUCUGUGAUUUCCAAAAAACUCAAAUCAUAACUUUUAUCUCUAAACAGAGCUUAUCCUAUCUGACAACUCCAGAUUUGAUGCAGUUUGGAUCAAACAGAACCCGAGUUGUUCUUCGGCAAAAUUGGAUAAACUACCAGAAAGAUUCAAUCCUUUCACAGUUGACAACACAUUCGUCGAUUCCUUUGUCCAUUUAUAUCAAUGGAAUUGGAAAUUUUAAAGAGCCAGCAAACACGGUUUUUGGUGAUUUUAUAUUUCUAGGUUUUCUAGAUUUAAGCAAUAUUUACCAGGAUAGCGUCAAUGGUUACGCUACCGAUUCUGUUGAUAACGAUUUUGCAAAUUGUAAAGAGUUCGGUCACAGUUACUUCAAUUUCUAUCCGAAUUUGGAAAACAAAGAACCGACAUACACUACAAAUGCUUCGAAUAAAGUCGAUAUAUUCGCUUGGACACAAACUGGAGUGACGAUUGCUGCAAAUCAGGAACUUACCUUAGACUAUUUCUAUGUGACAGAAAUACAUUUUGGCGGAUGUGGUGGUCUUACAACUUCAAGUUAUUGGAGAACCAUUAAUGGAACGGCUCUUGGAUUGAUAACAGACUUUUAA